UACAUCCCGACCAUCAUACCCAUCAAGCAGACCCCAAAAAACCCGUCCCCUGCACAGCGCAAACCACUCAAUCCCAACCAACAAAACACACACGCGUGCGCUUCCCGAAUUGCACACGUCCCGGAUGAGAUAAACCACACGAAACGCACGAUUACUACCGCUGAAAACGACGAGAGACCGCACACGACGGCGCUGACGACGAGCCCGCGCGGGCCGAGCACGGAGGAGCGAUGAGCAUGCUCUUGCGGACGCCGGGGCGCAUUGCGCGGCUGGGAGUGGCGGCGGCGACGACGAGGAUAGCGGCGAGGCAUGGAUUGGGGAGGCGGGGUGCGGUGCCGUUGAGCGCGAGGAUGGUGGCGGCUAGGGGGUUUACGAGUGGGAGUUCUUGGAUGAAGAUGGAGGAGGGGGGGAAGAAGAAGGUGGAGAAGGAGAAUGGGGAUAAGGAGGCUGGGGAGAAGAAGGUGGAGAAGGGGGAGGUGAAGAAGGUGGAGGAGGGGGUUGAGCCGCCAACCCCCGGCCCGGAGAAAGAGAUGGAUUUGGGAUUUCUCCAUGGGAGUCUCGCCCAUGGGCAGGCGGCGGAGAACGCGCAGAAGCUCAUGCGGAAUGGGAUAGUGAUGCUCUCGCCUGAGGAUGCGGUGGCGCUGGAGGGAAUAACUGAGGAGCUGAAGGAGGGGUUUUCAUUCCCAAAGUCCUGGUCAUCGGAGGUAUCGGCGAGGUUAUUAAAGGAGAAGGGCUAUCCGAAGGCACUGCUCGGGAUUCUUGAGAAGCACAAGGGAGGAGAGCCGUUGAGCACACAAGAGGCGGCGAUCAUGCUCAACCUCGCGAAAAUUGUGAUCGAACUAGAAGCAAAGGGCAAGUCACUUAGCGAGUUCGCUCCUCCGGCUGGGCAGGAGGAACCGAUCGAGGCACCUCCGCCACCUGGCGGGAACAAGAGCGGCAAGCAGGAGGGACAGCAAGGGCAGCAGGGCGGCGGGCAGGGCGGGCCUAAGUCCUUCGAGCUCAAGCUGGACUUCAACACUGCCAUGCUAGGUGCGUUCACAACCUACAUGCUCUACAGAAUGGUCGUGCCGGGCGAGAACUCGCGCGACAUCACAUGGCAAGAGUUCCGGACGACGUUCCUCGAGAAGGGCCUCGUCGAGAAGCUUGUCGUCGUCAACGAGAACCGCGUGCGCGUCGUGCUGCACCGCGAGGCCACGGCGCGCGCCUACCCAGAGUCACCAGCUGCGCAACCUAACUUCCACUACUACUUCACAAUUGGGUCCGUGCAAUCCUUCGAGCAGCACCUCGAGGAGGCGCAAAACCAGCUUGCUAUCCCGAGCAGGGAGAGGAUACCGGUCAGCUAUACUAAGGAGGGUUCGCUUGUGGACCUCGCCAUCUCCUUGGGACCAACGCUUCUGAUUGUCGGUGUCACUAUCUUCAUGAUUCGCCGUAUGGCUGGUGGUGCAAGUGGUGGCGGUGGACAGGGCGGAAUGUUCGGCAUGGGCAAGAGCAGAGCCAAGAAGUUCAACCACGAGACAGAUAUUAAGGUCAAGUUCGCCGAUGUCGCAGGCAUGGACGAGGCAAAGCUGGAGAUCAUGGAGUUCGUCAGCUUCCUGAAGACGCCAGAGCGUUACUCGAGGCUAGGCGCCAAGAUUCCCCGCGGUGCUAUCCUGUCCGGGCCUCCCGGAACCGGUAAGACCCUGUUGGCGAAGGCCACGGCCGGCGAGUCCGGCGUGCCAUUCUUCAGCGUCAGUGGUUCCGAGUUCAUGGAGAUGUUCGUCGGUGUCGGUCCGUCGCGUGUGCGCGACCUGUUCGCCAUGGCCCGCAAGACAACCCCUUGUAUCAUCUUCAUCGACGAAAUCGACGCGAUUGGUAAGUCGAGAGAGAAGUCUGGCUUUGGAGGCGGUAACGAGGAGCGCGAGAGCACGCUGAACCAGAUCCUCACGGAGAUGGACGGCUUCAACACCAAGGAUCAAGUCGUUGUUCUGGCGGGUACGAACAGACCGGAUGUUUUGGACAAGGCUCUCAUGCGUCCUGGCCGCUUCGAUAGACACAUCACCAUCGAUCGCCCCACUAUGGUUGGUCGCGAGCAGAUCUUCAGGGUUCACCUGAAAAAGAUCGUCACGAACGAGGAUAUCGAUUACUUGACUGGACGCCUCUCUACUCUCACCCCCGGAUUCUCUGGUGCCGAUAUUGCCAACUGCUGUAACGAGGCAGCUCUUAUUGCUGCUCGCACCAACGCCGAAUCUGUCAUGAUGACCCACUUCGAGCAAGCCAUCGAGCGCGUUAUUGGUGGUCUCGAGAAGAAGUCCCUCGUCCUCGACCCCGAGGAGAAGAAGGUCGUCGCGUACCACGAGGCCGGCCACGCAAUCUGCGGCUGGUACUUCAAGUACGCCGACCCGCUCCUCAAGGUCUCCAUCAUUCCCCGUGGUCAGGGCGCGCUGGGUUACGCCCAGUACCUUCCCACCGGCGACCGCUACCUGAUGAACGUCAACCAGCUGAUGGACCGCAUGGCUAUGACGCUCGGUGGCCGCGUGAGCGAGGAGCUGCACUUCCCGACUGUGACCAGCGGCGCCAGUGACGAUUUCGACAAGGUGACCAAGAUGGCGACGGCUAUGGUAACGAAGUGGGGCAUGUCUCCCAAACUUGGCCCCCUGCACUUCGCCGACGACCCAAACAAGCUUACCAAGCCAUUCGCGGAGUCGACAGCGCAGACCAUCGACGCUGAGGUGCGCCGCAUCAUUGAUGAGGCGUACACCCAGUGCUCGGAUCUGCUGAAGGCGAAGAAGGAUGAGGUCGGAUUGAUUGCCGAGGAGCUGCUGAAGAAGGAGGUCCUGGGCCGUGAGGACAUGGUGAGGCUGUUGGGAAAGAGGCCGUUCGAGGACCACAAGAGCUUCGAGAAGUACUUUGGUACUGGGGACAAGAAGAGCGCGCCGCCGCCGUUCCCGGAUGAGGUCAAGGAUGUGCCGCCUGAGGGGCCGACACCGACGACUCCGGCGUGAGUGGGGUUGUGAAGUUUUGGGUAGAGGGGAGGGUGUGGUGUGGUGGGUGUUUAUUGGUGGGAGAGCCUGGUCGAUGAGUGUCGGCGGGUGUAUCCUGCUGUGCGUCAACUCUUCUCAUUGUUGUUUUCUCUGGUGUACACAUUUGUAUCCUCGAAUUGCAUUGUCCUAGGCGUCCAUAGAUAAAAACCAACUUGUACUGUGGGCGGAGAUUGGGAGAGGAGGAAGGGAAAGGCGGGGGAGGAGGGAAAUUUUUGUUGGGAUGUUGGAUGGUUGAUAGAUAAAUAUGUAUAAAUAUGUGUAUAUUCUCCACGGAAUCUCGAUGAGGAUGGGGAGGAGCGUAUCAACUAAACUAGAUGAUUGUAGACAUCUCCCAGCUAAAGCGUCUAACCGCUAAAUUAUCAAACUA